CUAACUAUUCCGUGAAUAUAUGCCGACCAGUUGCGCUUCGGGCACAAUACAUCAUAUUCAAGUUGCACGUUGCAAAGCGACGAUCAGUAGUGAAACAAGCCCUGCUCCUCCUGCUCACUCAAAGAUAUAUUUCUUGGCAAUAUGGCGGCGAAUGGGGAGGCAGACACCGCGACGCCUGCGAAGCAGCAGAUGAAAUGGAACAACGUGAUACUGCUGACUGUGAUACAUCUCCUAGCCUUAUACAGUCUCCUCGUUGUGGUUCCACGUGCUAAACUGAUUACUGUUCUCUGGGAUUUGCUGUACGGCAUUGUUGGCGGGAUAGGUGUUACUGCAGGAGCACACAGACUAUGGACACACAGGUCUUACAAAGCAAAGUUGCCGCUAAGGAUCAUACUGGCCGGGCUCUACCUCGAAGCUGGCAUGAACCCGCUCUUCGAAUGGGUGAGAGAUCACCGGGUGCACCAUAAGUUCAGCGACACGGACGCGGACCCACACAACGCCAGCCGAGGGUUGUUCUUCUCUCACGUGGGCUGGCUCAUGCAGAAGAAGCACCCCCAGGUCCUGAGGCGGGGACGUGAGGUUGACAUGAGCGAUAUACUGGCUGACCCUGUGAUUCGGUUCCAACAAAAGUAAGAACGAAAUUUUUCUG